AUGAAGCUUCAGACUCCUGGAGGCGUGGGCACCCGUGUGUACAUGCUGGACGCGUCGGGUAAGAAAUACAAGCAAUUCAACCUGCUCAACAAGGAAUUUACGUUUGACGUAGACGUUUCUUCAUUACCCUGUGGUUCCAACGCCGCGCUUUACUUCACCAAGAUGGAUCCCGAUGGUGGUACCUCGCGUUUUCCUACAAAUCGCGCCGGUGCAGCGUAUGGAACUGGCUAUUGUAAUGCCCAGUGCCCGAAAGAUGUCAAAUUCAUUAAUGGUGAGGCCAACCUCAAGCAAACCUACGGUUCUUGCUGCAGUACGGUGGCCGUUUGGGAGGCUAACAGCAUGGCUACAUCUUAUUCAACUCAUGCCUGCUCCAUUAAGGACCAACAUCGUUGUCUCACUGAUGCAGACUGCGGAGCUGCUAACGAUGAACCAGUGGCAGGCAUGGGUUGGUGUGACAAGCCAGGUUGCGGCUAUAAUCAAUUCCGCAUGGGCAAUACGAUGAAUUACGGCCCUGGCGAUAAAUUCGACAUUGAUACGACCAAACCAUUUACGGUUGUCACGCAGUUUUUGACGAGAGAUGGCAGCGAUACUGGCGAGUUAGUUGAAAUUCGUCGCAUUUUCAAGCAGUUUGAUAAAAUUUUUGAGAAAACCCCAGUGAGUCCAUUGCCCGAGCUGAAUGGUGCUAGCUCGAUCUCCGAUACGUUCUGCAAAGCGUCAAAGGACUUUAUUUGGCGAAAGCCUGGUGAAUAG